ACAAUUAAGUGCCUUUUAUUAAUUUAAUUCAUCUCACCAAGCAUUAGCUUAGCUAAAAUUAGAACCGCUUAAAUGUUGUCAUCGGCUUGGCGCAGCGUGGCUAUCAAUAUUGAAACCCAAUUGACUGCCGCCUAUUUCCGAGGUUCGUCCAACAAAUUGCGAUUGCAACUCCUCCGGAUUGCGAUUCCAUCUGGUGCUGGAUCAAUACGAAGACGAUUUCUGGCUGUUCCUCCCGUCUGUCAAAGUCCCGUCAACCUUCAGAAACUGCGUAAAGUUGGUUUUAGAGGCAUGCAUAGCACUGUGGAAGACGUUAAGCUGGAGAGCAUGCAGGUGAAAAUCCUGCCGGCCUUGCAGGACAACUACAUGUACUUGAUUGUGGACAAUAAGACGCGCGAGGCAGCUGUGGUGGAUCCUGUGGAUCCCGAACUAGUCAUCAAGACCGUACAAGAGCAGAACUUGACGCUCAACAAGGUCCUGACCACCCAUCAUCACUGGGAUCAUGCCGGUGGCAAUGAGAAGCUCGUCAAGUUGUGGGAGAAGGAGUUGGAUGUUUAUGGCGGCGACGAUAGGAUCGGCGCAUUGAACAAAAAGGUUUCCCAGGAUGACAGCUUUACCAUUGGCAGCCUCAACGUACGUUGCCUGUCCACUCCUUGCCACACAACUGGCCACAUUUGUUAUCAUGUGACCGCCGGUGAUGGCAAGGGCGAGGGUGCUGUCUUCACGGGCGAUACUCUGUUCCAGGGAGGCUGUGGCCGCUUCUUCGAGGGCACACCCGAGGAGAUGUACGAGGCGCUGUGCACAAAACUCUCGGCCCUGCCGGACAGCACCAAGGUUUUUUGUGGCCAUGAAUAUACAUUGCAGAACAUGAGCUUUGCUCGUCAUGUGGAGCCCGAUAAUGAGAGCAUACAGCAACGCAUUGAGUGGGCCAAGCUGCGACGUGCAUCUCAGGAUCCCACAGUGCCCUCUACCAUUGGCGAGGAGAAGAUCUGGAAUCCGUUCAUGCGCGUCCACGAGGCGUCUGUUCAGAAGCAUGCUGGAGGAGCAACCGAUCCCAUUAUAACCAUGGGCAAGUUGCGCAAAGAGAAAGAUAACUUCAAGGCCUAAGGGCUUUAUAUUUGAUAAAUUUAAAAUGUGAUUAUUGGAUUUUGUUGUGAAUAAAAAUAAUUGUGAAGCGC